AUGGAUCGUAGCGGCUCGGGUCCAGCCGAGACCCUCUCUGAGUCCAGUUUUUGCCGGAAGAUUGACCCAGAUGCUGAAAACAAUAACGUCGUGGUGCAGAAAGGGGGGCCAUCAAAUCCGGAUUUUACCACGGUGAAAAUCCUGAAUAUCUGUGGAGAUCAGGCGGGUAAAUCCGGAGCAGUUUUUGCUCUUGUUGCAGUCAAAUCCCCACCUAGAGAUCUGCACGAACCAUCCCCCCAAGUGCAGAGAAGUUGUUCAGAUUACAGGUUGGAUUCAUCAAAGAGAGCCCAGUAUUGGAGGUCAGAGGUCAUUGAUAACACACCUAGACAAGCAGAAGAUGCUACGGACUCUGUGCCUUUGGAGCCACUGGCUCAUGAGUGGCUUGUGAAGUGUGCUGCUGGACUUUGGGGACACAUCCAUGCUUUGCUGCUGCGAGACACCCGCCUGGCCCAGAAGAGGGACUUCAUGUCGGGCUUCACGGCUCUACACUGGGCCGCCAAGGAUGGCAACUGCGGCAUGAUCCAGGAACUCAUGGCGGUCUCCAGAAAAAGAGGCACUUUUGUGAACACCAAAUCCCACGGUGGAUACACGCCUUUGCACAUUGCAGCCAUGCAUGGGCACACUGAGGUGAUGGUGCUGCUUGUGCAGAGGUACGGGGCCAGUAUAAGCGAGAGGGACAACGAUGGGAGGAAAGCCGUCCACUAUCUGGAUGAAGGUGCUUCUACAGAGCUUAAAGCACUUCUGGGAGGACAGGACAAGACAGAUGAGGAAGAGGAGGAGGAGGA